UUCUUUUUUAGUGAAAUAACAAAACAUUCAACCAAUCUCUUGAGCUUCUUCUUCUUCUUUCGUUACUCUCUUCUUCUCAAUCUUCUUUUCGAUCUCAUCAUCACUCGAUCUUCUUCUCCAUUGGCGUUAGCUCAGUUCCUAAAGGUAUUCAUGUCUCUCUUUCCAUUUCCGAUUCUCGCUUGAAAUAGAAUUUCUGGGUUUAGUUCAAAAUUGAAGCUUUUGUUCUCAAUUUGAGAUUUCGGAAGUGUGAAGAGGAAAAUCAAAACUCGAAAACUCCAGCCUCUACUUAGAUCGUUCUCCUUUCUGGGUCAAUCUUCUAUUCAGCUCUCUUUGAUUUUAUUGGUAAACUCCUCCUUAAGGAUUUGCUUAGUUUAUGAAGAUUUAUAUGUUGUUUAAACGUCACUUGAUUUUGGCAAGCAAAAGAUGUUGUGAAAGGCAUUUAAAAAACGGAUUGGUAGCAGGAAUCCAAAAGCUCAGCUUCUUGCCAUAACUGAAUAAGGUAGCUGAAGCUAAUUAAUCCAAUAAAGAAAAAAAAGAAUUUUCUGCUUGAAAUCAACGAUGGAUCUUCCUCCUCCAGAGUCUUCAUCAAAUCCCAUAUCUUCCUUCUCUGUGGCUCAAAAGAGGAUGUUGCUACAGAGAUGCGAAAGUAAGUUUAAGAUAAGGAAGCUGAACGAUACUGUCGAAGAAGACAAUGUCACGCAGAUGGAGCCAAACUUUACACUUGAGAACACUCUUGUUUCCGAACCAGAAGCAGAUUUGAGGCCUCACACAACUGAGCCCACUACUGAAGAAGAAACUCAGAGAUCUUCAGCCAAAUCACAGUUGUAUAAUUUAUGUAGUGUGAGGCAUUGGAAAGCACCACUGUAUGAGUAUAUCGCCGAGGGUCCUUGCCAUAUGAAAAUAUUUACAGGCAAAGUUACGGUUGAAAUGAAGGAGGAUUCUCGGAUAACGGUUUUGGAGUGUUUUGGGAAUCCACAGUACAAGAAGAAAAUCGCAGCUGAGCAGGCAGCAGAAGCAGCACUUUGGUAUCUUAAGAAUGUGGGUUAUACCCUUCAAACAGAGAAAGCUUCUGGUCGUAAAGGACGGAGUAAACCGAUAUCGAAGAUGAUGGUAACAGGUGAACCCGUGUAAUGAUCUUUGCCAGUUAGAAUCUGUUAAGGUGAUUACUUUUGUUUAUGUUUAUCGGCCUUAAGGAUUAGCUUUUGAUAUAAGCUCUACCUAGGAUGCUCAAAAGGUCACAAAAUACUCAUCUUUUAUGAGACUAUUUUCAUGUGUACCUUUAACCUGCGUUAUUUUUUGUCUAUCUAUGCAAAUGUCUAUUUUGAUACUUUGACUAUAUCUCGCGUCAACUUUCCUUUGAUAUAACUAUAUACGCAAGUCGC